AUGCCAGGAAGAGGCAAUUUAUUUUUAAGGAGACUGAUGGAAAAGUGUAGGGUGCGAAAGAACGAUUUGCUUCUAGUGUUCAUUGACUUGGAGAAAGCGAUUGAUAGCAUACCACGAAGUAUUGUUUGGGAUAGCCUCAAGAAUAGAGGACAUGUAAUACAGGACAUGUAUGACAUGUAUGACGGAGUUUCGACUAACAUUCAAACACUGGUGGGUAUGACAGAGUCUUUUCCAAUUAAAGUAGGACUGCAUCAGGAAAUAUCUAAAUCUGUCUGGGAGACCGUAUCAUGGUGCAUACUUUUCGCUAACAAUAUAGUUUUGGUCGUAGAAACUAGGGAGGAGGCUAACAGUAAAUUGGAAGAGUGGAGGGAAGCCUUGGAGGGUAAGGGGUUGCGCAUCAGCUGUACGAAGACUGAAUACUUGCGAUGCGACUUCAAUGGGACAUAA